UGUCGGCGAACUCCGCGCCGACGCAGAGGCCUGACAGCGCGGGUCUUGGGUCGGUCGUGGCGGCCUGGCUUUGUUUUUAGGCCAGGUCUCUAGGACCGGCCCGGGAAGAUGGUGCUGGGGGGUUGCCCUGUGAGUUACCUACUGCUGUGCGGCCAGGCGGCCUUGCUGUUGGGGAACCUGCUGCUGCUGCACUGUGUCUCUCGGAGCCACUCGUUUAAUGCCACGGCCGAAGUGGAGCUCACACCCUCAGGUUCCGCUCACCCGGAGGGUCCCGCAGCCCCGAGCUGGGAAUACAGCGACCCCCAGUCUCCGGUCAUCCUUUGCUCUUACCUACCCGACGAGUUUGUAGAUUGUGAUGCCCCAGUGGAUCACGUUGGAAAUGCAACUGCGUCCCAAGAGCUUGGUUAUGGUUGUCUCAAGUUUGGGGGUCAGGCCUACAGUGAUGUGGAACACACUGCAGUCCAGUGCAGAGCCCUGGAUGGAAUUGAGUGUGCCGGCCCCCGGACCUUUCUACGAGAAAAUAAGCCUUGUAUAAAGUACACCGGACACUACUUUAUAACCACGCUGCUCUACUCCUUCUUCCUGGGAUGUUUUGGCGUUGACCGGUUCUGUUUGGGGCACACUGGAACAGCCGUCGGGAAGCUGCUGACCCUGGGAGGACUCGGGAUCUGGUGGUUUGUCGACCUGAUUUUGCUCAUCACUGGAGGCCUGAUGCCCAGUGAUGGCAGCAACUGGUGUACUGUAUACUAAAGCUGCUGCUGUCCCGUGCUGGCAAGGAUAAAAGUGCUUGGCUGCCCGCCUACUUAUUACAAACUCCAAAUCCUCCUCAGGGCAACACUGUCCUCUUCAGAAGUUCGGACUGAAUUUUUCAAUCCAAACCUUACCUUUCAGACCAGAAAUGGCUAGCAGUGUCGUGGGAGUCCAGUCGUCCCUUUCUUCAUGUACAAACUAGCAAACUAAUGACUUCUCCCCACAGAUCCUCUUAAGUGCUCCAUUUCUGUGUGGCUGGAUCAUGAGGGGGACCCAACAGGAUAAACGAAGUGCAUGUUUAUCCGUGCACAGCCUUUCGUGACCCUGAAUUUCUAACCACAGGUCAGAAACUGUGCCAAUGAGAAAUCUCCAGAUGACAUAGAAAAGACUGUGGAUUUAAUACACACCGAAAUUCUGACUCUGUGAAUUUAAAUUACAGAAUAAAGUGUUAAAGCCUCA